AUGAUCAUAAGUGAUGAAGUUAAAAGGAUACUUUAAAAUAAUGACUUUUCAAGAACUAAUAAUUCAUCAUUAUCUACAAAUAAAUAAUUAAAUUCUAAAGAAUUAUCAAGAAAUCAAUCUCCAAUCAAAAGGAAAGUAUUAAAAAUAAAAAAUAAUCUUAUCAGUAGAGAUGAUCAUAAUGAUGUAAAAUGGUCGUAUUUCCCAUAAGAAAAUUUAUUAUAGCUUUCACUCAAUAACUCUAUUAUAGAAGAUAAGAAAAUGAAUACUAUCUAAUUUCCACUAAUUAAUGCAUCAGACUAAUAAUUUAUUGAUAAUAAUAGCAAAACAUUAUAUUAAACUCUGAUUGAAAUAUUUCCUUAAGAGCAUGAGAUUUGGAAGGAACUAGUAGAAUAAAAUUAAACCAUUGAAGAAGUCGUCAAUAAUAACGCAGAAUAUUUUUAAGGCUUGCUAAAAGUUUGUUAAUGUAAAUUAGAAUUAGCUCAAUAAGAUUUACAAAAUAAGAACAUUAAUUUUAAUGAAAUUAAAUAUUAUCAACCUAAAAAAUAAACAACUUAAUAUUCUAGAGAUUAUUCUGGGUCUAAACAUAUCCCUGAUUAACCAUUAUUGAAUUAAUCAAAAGCAUAUGAAUAAUAUUAUGCUCCUAACUUAGCCUAUUUAUAAAAAAAGAGUGUUUAUAAUGUAUAUUCAUUUUUAAUAUUUUAGUAACAAUUUGUACCUCAGAACUGUGAAAAAGUUGACAAUUUUAAACCAGAAUAUAAUCCUAAUUUAAAUUAAUCAACAUUCUUGUCAACAUACAACUCAAAUUUUAUGAAUUGGAAAGGUUAAUAUCCUGGUAAAAUUACUUAAUAAUUAUCCCCUAAAUAAUAGUCAACAUUACCUUUUAUUGCUGAAACUAAUUAUUCUAAAAAUUUUAAAUAAAUUAAAACUGACAAAGUUGAAUUACAAAAACACAUAAAAUUGUAUUUUAUUUAAUCAUCUAGAGGUCCAUUUUGCGAGAACGCUUAAUCAUUAAUUAAAGAAACAACUUCAUAACACUUUUUUUAAUCACAUUAUUCAGUGCCUUCAAAAUUGAUUAGACCUGUUAGCCCAAGAUUAUUUAGUACUAAACAAAGUUUUGAAGGAUAAUAUAGGUCAUCUUUUAAUAAGUAUAGUUUUUUCCUAUUAGAUCUUAUGUCUCUAAAAAUUUGAACACUGAAUCAUAAUAAUCCUCAUUUGCAGAAAAGUUUUAUGAUAGCAAUGCUGUCAAAGGAUUGAUUGAUAAAAAAAUAAAAACUAGAAUUUUUUGA